UUCUAUAAGGUAGACCAACUUUAUGUAAUAGAAAGAUCAAUAAUUUACCUUCCUUGUAUAUUGUUUAGCAGGGGUGAACUAAGAACAGAAAGUCCCAUGAAUUCCAGACAACACGAGACUAACAACAACAGCAAAAUAAGUUGGAGUCCAAUCCUAGAUUGGGACCAGCCUCUGACAGACCAAGAACUUGAAGCCAUUGAUGCAAUCGAAGCCUCAUUUCAAUCCUCCACACCAUCUUCAUCUUCAUCUUCAUCAUCAUCAACUCCUGCUGCAACAACUCCUUCCUCUUCUAUAAUCAACAAACGACAUUCAAGUCCACAAAAGGAUCAAGAACCUCCAAAAACCCGACGCCAAUUGCCCAAUUCUAUUUUCUCUCUCUCCAAACCUUUUUCUCUUUCUCCUUGUCAAGGUAAUGUGAAGAUGAGAUACCCGGCAAUGAAGUUUGGGGGUCAAAUUUUGUAUAGCAGAACUUCUAUAGAGGUAGAAAAAGCUGCAAGGGAGCUUUUACAGAGUCUUGAAGCUGAAAAGAGAGAAAUGGAUCGAGUUAUCAUUGGUUUUGAUAUUGAGUGGAAGCCCUCAUUUACAACAGGUGUGUUGCCUGGAAAGGCUGCAGUUAUGCAGAUAUGUGCGAACACUAGUCUUUGUCAUGUGAUGCAUAUUUUUCAUUCUGGAAUCACUCCAAGCCUGCAGUUUCUUCUAGAGGAUUCUAAACUUGUAAAAGUUGGAAUUGGCAUAGGUGGUGACUGUGCUAAGGUUUUCAGAGAUUAUAAUGCCUCAGUUAAAUCAGUGGAGGACCUUUCUUAUCUUGCAAAUCAAAAGCUUGAUGGAAAACCUAAAACUUGGGGUCUUCAAGCUCUGGCAAAGAUUCUUGUUUGCAAAGAGCUUCAAAAGCCCAACAAAAUCAGACUUGGAAACUGGCAAGUUGAUGUUCUAUCAAAAGAACAACUACAAUAUGCUGCUACUGAUGCUUUUGCUUCUUGGCAACUAUACCAAGUGUUAAAGAGCCUCCCAGAUGCAAAGGAUGCUACUGACUCUACAAGUAAGGAACUGAAAGUUGAAUCAACAUAAUGGUAUUCUUCCGCAUAAAAAACUCUGGCCAUAGCUUGGAAAGAUUACAAUAAAAGGAAGCGGCAUGCGCGUUCUAUUCUCUACUUGGACCACCAAGUUACUCAGUAGAAACUGUUUUCCAAAAGCAUAAUCUUUUAUAUCAUCAUUUGUCUUAAUCAUGGACCGUGGAUCCCCGAAUUUCCCAUGGAUCCCCGAAUUUCCCAUUUGAAAUCAAAGGGGAAAUCCAACACCUCACAUGCCUAGUACAUGGUGUUAAUUAAAGAGACAAGAUUUUGGAAACCCUUCAUGUCCAUCUCCCCCUCUUGUUGUCUUAGGGCAGAAAUUAUAGUCAUAAAACCAUCAAAUUUAUCAGUAAAGAUUUGCUGCUGUAGUGUACACAAACUUCUGGCCAUGC